AUGGCUGCCUGUAGCCGACGUGUACUAUUCUUAAGCGUGAUUCUGUCUUUUUGUGUUAUUAAUGGAGAAAAAGCUGCUGUCAAUAAGAAUAGGGAUGACGUUGUAUUGGAAAGGUUCAAACGUAAAUCAUUUGGUAAAGAAAACGGACAACCUGGUGUUCAAAGCCAAGUUGCAUUUGCUGAUGGUGGAGCGGUUCCGCUUCACGAUGCUGUAAAACCGUUGAUGGGGGCACGUCCACAGCAGGGUCUUCCGAAGAUGGAUAUGGCUAUGAAUAAUAAACAACAACAAAACCAAAUGCUAGGAGCACCUGCAGGAAAAGGAAAACUACCAAAACCUUUUAAGAAAGCAUUUAAACUAGCAGAAACUACCGAAUGCGGUGGAGACGUACUUUCCCACUGCAGCCGGAAAUCCAUGAAAAAUAAUUUUGCUAUAUUAGAUUGUUUACAAAGAGAUCCAAAGGUUGCUGAAGAAAUCAGCUCGGCAUGUCAACAUUUUAUUUGGGAGUACAAAAAGAAUUUGACCAAAGAUGACAGAUUUGAAUAUGCUGCAGAUGAAGUCUGUAUGAAAGAGCUGAAGGAGAUUCCCGAAUGUGGAAAGUUGGAAAAGGGAAGAGGACAGAUCAUUCCGUGUCUGGUAGAAAACAUUGAAAAUAUUACAGAUAAAAACUGUAGAACGUACCUCAACAAGAUGGCGAGGAUCGUCUUCAGUGACUACCGUAUGGUCUACGGCUUUAUCGAUGAAUGCACCGAUGACAUCAAUACACACAAAUGUGGACGAUUGACAUUUGAUGUCAAUGAGGCUGUUCACUCACAAGGAAAAACACUGCACUGCUUGGCCAAGAAGAUCAGUCAGCUGAAGCCUACAUGUAAGAAACAGUUGUUGAGAGUGGCAGAGCUUCAAGCCGAUGAUUAUCAUCUUGAUCGACCUCUGUAUUAUGCCUGUCGCCUUGACCGAGAGAGAUUCUGUGAAAGCACUGUGGCUGGACAGGGAAGAGUUUAUGAAUGUCUGUUCAAGCACAAGUUUGAUGCUGAAAUGUCAGAUGAGUGUCGAGACAAGCUGACAGUUAGACAGAGGUUGAUAGCAGAUGAUGUGAAGGUGGAAAAAUCAUUCUACAGUGCCUGUCGAUUAGACAUCAAGACAAAUGGCUGCUUCUCAGCUGGAAACUCUAACAACGAUGAUGAUGCUAGACGUGCGUCUGUUCUUCUGUGUCUCGAAAGUGUCCAUAAACGAGAUUUAGUCAUCACCCCGGAGUGCCUUGCUGAGAUGAUGGACCUUCGUAAAACACUGAUGGCUGAUUACAAGAUAAACCCGGAGAUAGUGGCCUCUUGCCAUGAAGAGAUCACAGAUAUGUGUGAUGGAGGCCUAACAAGAGGGGGCAAGACCAUUCACUGUCUGAUGGAACAUGCCAGAAAUCAACAUAAAAAGAAAAGUCCCCAGUUGUCGCCUCCCUGUCUUAGAGCUUUGGAGAGCCUUGUUAAGGAGUCUGAUGUUGGCAGUGACUUCCGUAUGGACAGAAACCUCCAGAAAUCCUGUCAGGAUGUGGUCAACGUUGUAUGUAAGGAUGUUCCGGCCGGAGAUGCUGAGGUAAUCAACUGUUUGAUGGACCACCUGGAUUCUGAACAUAUGACUGAUAUCUGUGAAGAGAAGUUGAUGCAGAUACAGUACUUCAUUGUGCGGGACUUCAGAUUGGAUGCCACCUUGUACAAGCACUGUCACCAGGAUGCUUAUAAACUAUGCCACGCCCCCAAAACCUGGAUAGAGCAGGAUUCAACCAAUGUCGAGUUAGGUCCUAUGGUUUUACCGUGCCUGUUCCGUCAUAUGAAGGAUCACGACACUGAUGCCAACUUGCAGGUUACUAGAGCUUGUAAGCACGAGAUUCUCCGUGUGAUGAGACACCGAGCAAGACGGGUUGAAUUAGACACCGAUAUUGAAAGCAAAUGUGUGACUGACCUCGGAAGAUUCUGUUCUGAUGAUCAAUCAGAAAACUAUGAAAAGGGCGAGGAGUUGGCAUGCCUACAGGACAACUACGAUGACUUGGAGGACGACUGUCAGGAUAUUGUUGGUAACAUCACAGAGAACCAGGACACAUACCUGGAGCUUGACAACCUUGUCAUGAAGUCGUGUAUGCCAAUGAUUAAAAAGUUCUGUAAGGAGGAGAUUGAGGAGGAUGCUGAUGCUGAAGAUGUGAUGGACUGUCUUAUAGAGAAUAAACAUGAUCCGUCAAUGGAUGAAAAGUGUGCUGCAGGGGUUGAGCAUCAUCAGAUUAUAUCGUUACAAGAUUUCCGGUUUAGUCACAAGUUCAAGGAGGCCUGUAAAGAAAAUGUAAUGAUGUAUUGUAAAGGAAGGAAAACAAAGUUUGAUGUGGUGUCAUGCUUGAGUGAACACGUGAGAAAUGACACGGUCAUAGAGAAGAAACACCGGAUUUCAAAAGUGUGUCGUAAACAGCUGCGAUUUGAAGUUCUUCAGAGGGGAGAAAAAAUUGACCUUGACCCCGAGCUUAAGAGAGCUUGUAGAGAGGAGUUGGAGGGAGUUUGUUCAGGUGUGGAACACGGCAACGCAAAGGCAAUUGAGUGUUUAAAGAACCACCCAAGGAAACUCGGUCCAGCAUGUUCAAAACUAGUUUUUGUGAGAGAGAAAGAUGAUGUUUUCAUUGGAGACUUCAAGUUAAGACAGUCCUGUGCUGGAAUGAUAAAGACAUAUUGUAAAACAGUAGUCCAGGCGAACGGUGAUGUCAUGCAUUGUCUCCAGAAGCACAAAGACGAGACUGAGUUCGAUAGAAAAUGUAGAACGUUCGUUAUCAAAAGACAAGUGAUUCAAAAUCAAGAUUACAGAUUGAACCCAUCAUUGAAGAAAAGUUGCAAGAUGGACAUCAACAAAUUCUGUGGCGAACUUGUACAGACGGAAAAGAACGAUGUUGAAUUGGAGGGAAAAGUGAUCAACUGUCUCAAGAAACAAUUUGCUGUAAAUAGGUUGUCAAGGGACUGUAAUGCAGAGAUCAGAGAUGUGAUCAAAGAUGCAGCCCUAAAUUAUCUUGAGGACCCUGUUCUGGCUAAAACUUGUGAAGCUGUGAUUGAGUCGUUUUGUUCAGACGAACACAACAGAGCAAUGCAGAGUCAAAACAAGGUGGUUAUCACAGAGGAUGGCAAGGGAGCUGUGAUGGAGUGUCUCAAAAAAAACAUCAAAACCAUCAAGAACAGUCCGAAUGGCUUAGCAUGUGCAAAGGAAGUAGCACGUACAAUCCAGGAAGCUCACAUAGAUGUUGGUGUAGAUCCCCUACUACAUACGGCCUGUCAGCAGGAUCUGUCAAAACACUGUGGCCAUAUCAACCCUGGAAAUGGCAGACAAAUGAACUGUUUAUUGAUCGAGCUUGAAGACCGACCAGAUGGGAUGUCAACUGAUUGCAGAAACUUACUUUCAAAGCGUAAAGAUUUGUGGGAGUUUUCUGUGAGGGUUGCUCCACCAGAAGGAUUUGGAGAAAUUUAUGAACAAAUUAGUAUAUCUCCUGCUAAAAAUUAUAUUCUUAGCAUAAUGAUAGUGGUAUUAGGAAUGAUAUUUCUAGUAGGAAUUACGUGUGGGCGAGUAACAAAACGGGCUAAGGGAGACAAAAGAAAGUAAAAUUCUGGGAACAGGAGGAAGUUUCCUCUUUGGUUAUAAAGCUGAAUGUGAUAAUAAUUUAAUAUUCACUCAUUAAAAAAUAAGUUUACAUGAUUAGAAAAAUCAUUAUUCAGAUGAAGAGGGCUUGAGAAUCAAAUUGUUCUUUGAAAAUAUUUAGUGAAGCUGUUUGAAAUAAAAACUAGCAGAAUAGCAUUAAAAUAACACUACACAAUGUCAGACAUCUCCAUAUUGAAAGUGGUCAAAGAUUGUCACAGACAUGUCUAUGAAGUGGCCACACAAUGUCACAGACAUCUCCAUACAGUGGCCACACAAUGUCACAGACAUCUCUAUAAAGUGGCCACACAGUGUCACAGACAUCUCCAUAAGUGGCAUGUGGCCAACUGGGGCUCUUCUUGUUAUUAAUUGUUGAUGAUGUAAGCAAUCCAGAGACCUCCGGGUGUAUGGAAUGUUGAGUAAAAACUUCAGACCCCGAGGUACAACCAGUUCAGAGGUCAACUGUAGCAUUCAGGGAUUAAGGGUCAAAAUAGACCUGUUUAGGCUGAAAAAAAUCUUUAAAAGAGGUUUUGUAGGUCUUAUAGCUCAUAAUCAUUCCGCUCUGGUCCAGUUGAUCCGGUAGUCUUUAUAGGAGAUGACUAUAGACUCUGUAGGAGGUUCCAGACCACAGAUACAGGAGAUGCAAACUUUAUUUAUUAAACAAAAAUUGUGAAACGAAAGUUUUACCAACUCAUAUUAAUAACGCUUGUUGGCCCCGGAUGGAAGCAUGUGAGUACCCAGAGAAAACCAUGUGGUCGGGCAGGUGACCCCAUACUUUUCAUGUCUGAUUGUGGAUUCGAACCCCGGCCACUAGACGAAAGGCAAGUGUGUUGCCACUGUGUUACCUGAUCCUGACCACGCAUACAGGAGAUUCUCAUGCUGACGUUGAAUUGCUGUAGACUUUUUAGUUAUUGAUACAAGAUACGUUUGAGAGUUUUUAAUCUGUGUUCCAUGUCUGUAAUUGUCUUUAUCAUUGAUAUUGAACCAUGGAAUGACUGCAUUAGGACAAUUACCUAGGUUUUUCAGUAAAAUCCUGCCAUUAUGCAGAGCUUAUCAGUAAUUAACCCUUUCAACCCUAAAAAACUUGAGUGGACUCUGCCAUUCUUUCAUAAUGCAAAGUCCAAUAUGGCCAGUAGGGGUGGAAGGGUUAAUAGUGUACAUUGUUGUAUUCUUCUGUUGAACUGACAAACAUAUUUAUAUAUGAAUUAUAUAUAGUACAAAUAUACAGCUUAUUUGUAUUUCGGUAAUCUGGAAAUUGCAUCACUUGAAUCCUUAACUUAACAGGUAGAGCUCAUGCAAAAGGCCUCUACCUCAUGUAUUUUAACUGCAUAAUGUAAAGUUUUCAUGAACUGACUUAAUGAGAUUUAUUUUUUCUAGAAUAAAGCUUUAGUUGGAUAUUAAUUACUCAGAAUCAUGUUUUUAAAUUUGUAACAAAAAGUAUCAAUAUGAUUAUAUACUUUUUAUUGGAUUUCAUGUCCUAUUGUUAUCCAUUACUAUUGUUUUUUAACUUUUAAAUGUACAAAGAAGUCACCAAGAACAAUUAAUGUACAGCUUACAUAGUAAGACCAGUGUUAUUUGCCCAGAUAUAAUCACACUUUCGAUAGCAGUCCUCUUUCUGCAUUUCUGGUAUUAAGAGACAUGCUUUGUGUUGUUAUCAGUAAAUUCAGGAAACACAUUUGAUAUUAUGAUACAAUGCUUUACUGUAUUUAUUUUUGAAAAAAAGAAAAAAAUUGUUCAGAUAAAAUUUGUCAUCUAACAGGGUUUAAUGAACUUAAAAUAUUAUGUAGCUUUAAAAUUGAGGCAUUAUGUGAAGGGCACCUGUUAUAUGCACACCCAUUUUCUCUCGGCAAACCUUGGAUUUCAUCAUACGUUGUGAUUCCUUGGUUGGGAUGUCCAUAUGGUUGGGAUGUCCGUAUGGUUGGGAUGUCCGUAUGGUUGGGAUGUCUGUAUCCUUUAUACCCUCAUAUGGAGGUGUGAUAUAGUACUGCUGUUUAUACUGGAAGUAUUUAUUUUCUCGUAAGUCAUCGUUUUUUUUCUGCAAAAUUAAUAUAUCAAGUUUGUUGGGCCACAUCAUGCAGAAUGAUGUAUGGUUGUUGAGUAUGGGGGGGGCUCUUGUGUAAUAAUUUUUAUGCACCCGUUCAAUAAAGGGAGUAUUUGGUAUGGUGUUGUCCAUCUGGCAUCAACUUUUAUUUGUCUGGAAAUUCUCCGCCUACAUUUGUGGACCGAUCUUUUUGAAACUUGGUAUGCAUUGUAAUGAACAGCAUUUUGAUUCAAUUAUUUUAUCAUGACUGCUCUUUGUUUAUUUCGGUAUUUAUUUCUUGCCGGGGGAUCUCAGCAUUUUUCAUAUGAUUUCUUUGAAACUCCAUAGGCUUUUAAAGCAUCAUAUAUAGUUGUUUUCCUGAGAAGCAUUUGGAUUCGACUUUUUUGCAAAAGUUAUUGCCCUUUAUUUAUUUUGGUAUUUGAUUUUUGUCCAGAGAUCCUAUAUUUUCCAAACAAUUCCUUUGAAAUUUGGUAGGCUUUAUAAUCAUGAUAUCAAGUUGUGUUUAAUAAUUUGGAGACUACUUUAAUAACUCCUAAUUACUGCGCUGUAUUUCUUAAACUGUAAGAAAAUUAAAUAUUUGAUUUUGUAGUAAAAGUAAAGGUGAGGGUUGAAGCAUGCCAACUAUAACCACUCGUAAGCUGAUGUAAAUAUGAUUUUAACACAAGAUAAAAUAUAUAACUACAUGGCAUUCGACGGGCGUAUAUUGUUCCAUCCCUGUAGAACUCUGUGUAAGUAAGACACAAAUCACUCUUUAUUUUCAUUAGACAAUAUCUGCACCAAAAUAAAAUACUUGUGCAAACAAACCAAAUGCUGUUUGAUUCAAGAUAUCCCAUACUUUCCAUAUGUACAAAUAUAUGCAUCGUUAAUAUAUUUACACUGCCAAAUGACCAGUUACCAUUUGCUAUGGAGCGAUUCGGUUGAGGUGAAAACAUGUAUGUCGUCCCUGUCCCAUCCAUUUCCCGUACCCAUAACAAAUUAAAUUACGCAAAAUUUAAUGAACAGUUUUAAAAAGUUUCUGAAAAAUUUGAGUGUCUUCUAAAAAUUAUUCUGACAAAUUUAUUUCACGAUUUGGUGUUACCUGUUUUUAAAUCUACCACACUAUUCUUUUGUUUCAAAUGUGUUUAUCCUCUAUUACAUAAAUCAUGAAUUAGAGUUUUUUGUUUUUUUUUUCAUCAUGAAUAUUGCAAAAUGUUUAAGUUUAUAAUAAAUACUAGUGGGUAAAAUAGUUUUAAUGUUUAUCUUCUUGGUGUACAGGCAGAUAGGUUAUAAUAACAGAGUUGAAAUAUGAUAUUUAGAAUAUAUCAUCAUCACAUCCAUAUAUGAUCGUGUACCAGAUAUUUGUAUACUUUAUAUUAAGGUAUGUGAAUAUGUAAUGUUUGUUGAAAUUAAAUGAAUAAAGGUUUAGUUUCUUAAUCAUAAACCAAAAAAAUAGGUGUCGUCUGCAGAUUUUUUCUUAAUUUAAAAAAGAUCAAAGCAUUUAUAUUUGUUUUAAACAUGUUUGAAUAAAAUAUAUUAUCCAUUCCGAGCAUAUGAGAACAGUUUAAAUUGUAGUGCAAAAUCUACAUGUCUCAAAGUCUCAAAGAAUGAUUUCAUACUUUAUUUGUUGCAUUGUGAUUUUAAUUUAUAAAAUAUCUAAUUUUUUCAUUAUUUUUUUAUCAAGUUGUAGAACAAAUAGUUUCUUUGAUGACUGUUAAAAAGUGUGCCAUUUUUCUUAGUAUGUACAUUGUAUAGUGCUACUUCAAAUGCAUAGGCUAUUGAGGUAUUUUUCAACUUCUCGAUGAGAGCAAAUUGUCUUUGUUAAAGAUACCGUUGUGUACUGUUUUUCUACUGUCCGGUUUAAUGGAUAAUUGCAGUAUACAAGAUAUUUAACAUGGAUGUCCCAUGCCAUUUUCAUGAAAUUUGUACUAAAACUAUAUCUUUAUUAUAACAUCAAGAAAGUUUAACCAAGGAACAAAUACAAAUGAUAAGAAAGCUGCAAAUUCAACCCAGGGCAAAUUGUCAAAUUAUAUGUAUAUAACACAAAAUGGAAAAUUUUUUUUUUUUUUUUUUUUGAUAAUAAAAUGUACAUUUUUGUACAUCAUUAAUAUUUUACACAAUACUAUUACAUUGAUAGGGUUGGAUUGUACAGCAAUACUAGGGACUUUCAGAUGAAUAAGUCCUCAAUAACCGUGUACAAGAUGCAUUAAUAUUGAAUAAUCUUAAUCUUUUAAGACUCAUUUAUUGUGGAUGAAUUAACACAAUAAAAUGACAUGAUUUCCGAGUUGUGUGUCUAGAUGAUGUAUAUGCUAGCUUGUACAGGAGUACAGCAAUUUGUAUUGAAUGUGUAUGUUACUGUUGAUUAGAAUAAUCCUCUGAAAUUAAUGUCUCCUUUGAGUUGUAUCCGGGGCAUUGUUGUACAUUUUCUGGACCUUACUGUAGUUAUUGGCGCAGGAUCAUGAAACAGUCUUAAAGUCCUAUAUUAUCUUCAGUUUUGACUCAUCCAAUCAUCGCUGACGUCGGGGGGAAAAGUGAUGUCAUACUUUGAUUGGCUGAGUUAAGACUCAAAUUCUUUUUCGUGAUCCCGAAGCCAGGUCUCUGGGUCUAUUUCUAUAUAUUGUAAUACUAAUGCUUAUUUUUACAUUUGAUUUUUUUGUGACAUUGUGUUAUAUAAGUGACUAUGUUUUAUUGUUUAUGAACAAUUUGAAGGAGUGAAGAUCAAUACAAAUUGAUUGAUGGUUAUUUCUGUGAAACCAGAAUAAGGAAUAAAGAAACUCAAGUUUUGUUAAGAUAAAGGGGUCAUGGUUACCAUUGGAGAGGCUACAAAUUAAAAACUGAUUCCCUGAUUUAGGUGGUCUAAAUAUAUAUUGGUCAUGGGUAUUCCAACCAGUUUCACUUGUCCAAACUGACCAUUGGAAAGAUAUUUUGAUGCUGAUUAAAAGUCAUUUCCAAGAGUCGGAGCCAGAAAUUUUCCAAAUUUUGUGGAAUGUCCCUUGAACAGUUUGAAUUUUUUUUUUUUUUUUCAAAAAUUUUUUCUUUGAUUUCAUAUGCUGAUUCCCCUUGUUAUCAAAUGUUUAAAAAGGAAGAAGGAUAAGAAGGGAAAAGUAGAGAAAAGAUCAGUCUUUUAUUGGACCAAUAUUGAUCAUUCGAUGGUGGGCACCAAGAUCCCUCUGAAUUCUCUUGUCUUAUGUAUGCAAAGACAAGAGUAAUUUUUUUCUGUACAUGAAUGAUGCAUUUGGCCUCUUCAGAAAUUAAUUCCAAUGCUACAUUAUAUUGUAGUGAUCCCAAGAUUACAUGUAUUAUAUUGCGGAAGAUGCAGCCUGUGUAUCUAGAGGCUCGUGAGGGAGUAUUUUAAUACCAUGUUACGCAGUGUAACGGGUCAAUAUAUACAUUGUCAUACCGUUGUGUCAUAUGCGCUGAAUCGUUGCCUGGUUUUCUGAAUGACGAGCUUAUUAUAAAUCUACUACUGUUUGUGAAUGGUACAUGUAUGUGUGACGUGUGUGGUGUAUGUAUGUGUGUGUGAUGUGUGUAAGAAUGCAGUGUAUGCCUGGUUACUCUGUACAGAUCAUCAUAUUUAUACUCGAUCAUUUAAUAUGUUCUGUUGUUUAUAUGACAAAAUUUCGCUGCAGUCAUAUUGAAAAAUUCAUUUUAUUUUAAUCUUAAUGGUAUGAAAACCAAAUAUAUGAUAGAAAAUUAAAGGUGUAUCAUAAUUUUGAUUUUGUCUAUGAAAUCUGUUUUAUUAAUACAAAUUAUAUUAUUGCGUAUGUAUAAGAUGCUUGAUUGCGGCUGAUAAAAUUGUGAUGCUUCAUUUUGAUCAAAUGUCAGUUGAACAUAUACCAUACAUAUGGAUGUUUGUUAUAUAUAUUGUCAAAUUUUUGAGACAAUCCAGCUUUUAUCAAAACACAAUUAUAGAUUAUUUUACAGAAAUUAUUUGACUGAUACGGAACGGGAAACAAAGUUAAACAAUGUAUCAGCGACGAAAAUAUAUUGUUUGUGUUUGGCCAAUCAGAUGCCAAAGCCCUUGGGUUUGAUCGAGAAAUAAAAUGGUGGAAAGGUGUCCAUCUUGGAUUGUUGUUAUUGCUAUUUCUAGAGAAUAACUUGGUCCCUAGUUAAGACCAUUCCAUAUUGAGUCUGUCUGGAACACAAAAUAAAAGACCAGUGGUCAUCCUGGAUUUUGGUACCGUAAAAACCCGUGUAAUUUGCGCAGGUAUUUUUUUGGGCUAAAUGCUGGGGAAAAAACUGCUAUCCAUAUAUUUUGCGCAUGAACAAAUUAUCGUAGUUGAAGAUUAUUAUCAUUUCAUUGAGGAGUAUUUAAGGGAUAUUUCUAAAACGAUAUGUUGGUUACUCGCAUUCUCUCAUGUUCAAUGUGCAAUAUGAAAUUGAUUAGAAAGAAAGAAAACUGGAAGACAGCCAUUUUGAUUUUUCACACUUGAAAGUGUCACUGCCAUUUUCAGUUGUAUGGCACAAUAAACAAAGGUGAAGUCUGUUUUCUGAUUCAGCACUUUAGAGGUUUCUGAUUGGUCAAAAUGUAAAUAUUGAAUUUAUAAUUUUCACUAACAUAGGUUGACUUCUUAUUGAGAACCUUGACGUGCGCAAGUUGGAAUUUCAAAAAUUGACUGAAAGUAUGAAACUUGAGUUUUAUGAAAUUUAACAUAAAUAUAGGUAUACUAUGACACUUCAAACAUGACUGCAACUUCUAUUUUUGGUUUAAAAAAUUGCCAUCAAUUUAGAUGUUCAGUUUUGAUAAAAUUUGGUGUUAAAAUGUGAAGUAUCUGUAGGCUUCAUGAAUAACUGCAGUAAUAGUUUAGGGGACUUGAGUAACAUUGCCCGUUACCAUAAAAGAUUUGUUCAACAUGAACCACAGGACGCAGUGCCCUAAAUUUUCUAGAGGUCAUAUGAUCAAAUAAUUAUUUCUAGCUCGACUUUUACCUCCACUUCGAAAAGUUCCAGUAUCUCAGAAACAGCAUAUUGUAUUAUAUGUGAGUUUUUGGAUUCAUUUGACUAGCGAUGAUUUCAUAAUAGCAACAUUAAAUAUUUGUUCAUAUUAUUGAUAUAAAUUGGAUUGUCUGUUGAGAAAACUCCAUUUGAACUAUGAAAAAAGAAUAACUGGCAAAAUUCAAUGUAGCUUUUGGAUCUAAUGUUAUUAAAAUGUGUAAUAUUAUGGUGUGUGAACUUCUCUAGAAUUGUUUUCAUAUCAUGCUAUAACAUGUUUGAUAGUAUGCGACAUGCAAUUGCAACCGUUUUCCUCAUUGCUGUCAGGUAUCAUUUGCCUUGCACAGUGUGCAAUUGUCUCGAAAAAUUCUGAAUUUGAUCCAACUUUUUCUUCAGCAUCAACAUUUCACUAUUGACUAGUUUUGCUUACAGAUCUGUUAUGCAAAAUAAAUUAUCCAACUUCAACAAAACUUGGCAUAAAGUUGGAUCACAUAGUGGACAUCUCGACAAACUCUACAUUUAAUAUUGAAUAUCAUCCAGAAUUUAUGGUCCAGCGACUCUUCAAAAUAGAGAAUUCAUAAACUUAAAGUUUUAAGUCUAUUAAAUAAAGUAUGUGUUAUUCCUGCCAAAUUGAAGUUUGGAAAUCUCCAAUAACCAUAUUGCUUACACGAAUUAAGUAUUUUGAAGCAUUUUGGGUUAAAACCUUAAUAUUUUAAGAAAUUGAAUGUUAAAUCUUCAUUGCUUCACCAAGGUACUUUUGAAUUAUUUAAUAGUCGAAUUGGGACAAGUUCUGUAAUAUAUCAGAUGUAAUUUCCUAUCAUUUUUUCGGGAAGAAUGAUUUUUGUUUGGUAAAAAUGAUAUUAAGUUGAAUUUUGAGGAUAAAUGAUUUUCGCGAAAUUUUAUACCUGUAAUUGUUUUGAAAUGCAUCAAUGUUAACACAUGUUAUAAAUGUAUACAGGGUAGUUCUAUACUGUCACUUUGUUAAUGUGGAUGUUUUUUGUUUGUUUGUUUUUUUAUUUGAAAAAACCAAUCUCAUAAGAUUGGUUUUUUGAGGAGAAAAAAAAAAUGCAGAAAUUUUAAUGAAUUUUAUAGUUUGCUUAAAAAGUAUCUUGAUAAUUUGGGAAAGGCACAAUUCUUGUUACUAGUAAACAAAUUUAAUUUAAUUCAGAAACUGUUACCAUCCUUUUAACAAAUAUAAUUUUUUUUCCCCACAUGAGAUUGACCAUCCUUUUAAUAAAUAUCAUUUUUUUUUCCCCACAUGAGAUUGAGAAAAAGAAAAACGCCCCUAAAGAGUGGAUUUAUUGGAAAGGACAACUUGGCACAUUAUUUUAUGUCAUUGUGUGUAUAAUAUGGAUGAUAAAUCUUUUAGCCACCAUCACUCAUAAGAUUGGUUAUUAGAUGUUGUUGUACAAAACAUUAUCCACAUUAUUUUUGUUUAUCAGAGCAACAUUUUGCUAAUAAAACAAGAGAAGAAUUUUG